GUUUUGAUGUUGCAAAGACGGGUGAUGCCCGAAUUGGGUUUGUGGGUUUUCCAUCAGUGGGGAAAUCUACUCUUUUAAGUAAUCUUGCUGGUGUAUACUCUGAAGUGGCAGCAUAUGAAUUCACUACCCUAACUACCGUGCCUGGAGUCAUUAGAUACAAAGGAGCAAAGAUACAGCUACUUGAUCUCCCAGGAAUUAUUGAAGGUGCCAAGGAUGGUAAAGGCAGAGGACGGCAAGUCAUUGCAGUUGCUCGAACCUGUAAUCUCAUUUUGAUUGUUCUGGAUGUGCUGAAACCCCUUGGUCACAAGAAAAUCAUUGAGAAUGAACUGGAGGGAUUUGGAAUUCGUCUGAAUAGUAAGCCCCCCAAUAUUGGCUUUAAAAAAAAGGAUAAAGGAGGCAUUAACCUUACAGCCACAUGUCCUCAGAGCGAGCUGGAUACCGAAACAGUGAAGAGCAUCUUAGCAGAGUAUAAAAUUCACAAUGCUGAUGUCACACUGCGCAGCGACGCCACUGCUGAUGACCUAAUUGACGUUGUUGAAGGAAACAGGGUUUACAUCCCAUGCAUUUAUGUCCUAAAUAAAAUUGACCAAAUUUCCAUUGAGGAACUAGAUAUUAUUUACAAAGUACCCCACUGUGUACCGAUAUCAGCUCAUCAUCGCUGGAACUUUGAUGAUCUGCUGGAGAAAAUUUGGGACUACUUGAAGCUAGUACGAAUUUACACCAAACCUAAAGGGCAGCUCCCAGACUACACCUCUCCUGUGGUACUGCCUUACUGCAAGACCACAGUGGAGGAUUUUUGCAUGAAGAUCCACAAAAAUCUCAUUAAAGACUUUAAAUAUGCACUCGUCUGGGGUUCGUCUGUUAAACACAACCCUCAAAAAGUUGGUAAAGACCAUACUCUUGAAGAUGAGGAUGUUAUUCAGAUUGUGAAGAAAUAAAGUUGUUCUCACA